AUGUCGACACCCCAAUCCCGCGCCGUAGACCUGACCCUCCUGAAUCUCACCGACAUCUUCGGUCAGAAAGACAAGACGAUGCGUACGCAAGCCAUUGCAGAUAUCUGGGUACCAAGUUCAGAUGUCUUCUUCGUAGACGCAUUGGGUGUGUUCAAGUCGCAUGAUGCAAUCAGUGAGAUGGUGGAGAAGAUACAAGGUAUGAGUGGAGAGGGCGAUGAGUUUGUUGCUUUGGGCAAUGUCGAAUGUCUGAAACAUGACAACGGAGAGGAUAUCUGGGUGACGAAAGUGAAAUGGGGCAUCAAAACAGCCAGUAGUGGAGAAAUGGGGUUAACGGGUGAGGACGUCCUGACGAUAGUGGGCGGAAAGAUCAAAGCAUGUUACACGUUUCUUGAUUCGAAGUAA